AUGGUGGGUAGGCAAGCUAGACGGGAGGCGUUGUUCUUCGCCGCCCUCUUCCCCACCCUCAUCACCCUCUCCGCCGCCCGAGAUACCCUCGUUCCGGGCGAUCGCUUGGAAGACGGCAGUUCCCUUGUCUGCUCCGAUGGCAGCUUCAAGCUGGGAUUCUUCACGCCGGGGAAGUCGAAGUUCAGGUUCCUGGGUAUCUGGUACAACCAGAUCCCCGUCCAGACGGUGGUCUGGGUGGCUAACCGUGAUAACCCCCUGCCGGACAAAACCGGCGUCCUAUCCAUCUCCAUCAAUGGCAGCCUCUCCCUCUCCGACUCAAAGGGGGUGGUCUACUGGUCGACGUCGCCGACGAGACUUGCCGGGCCAGUAGCCAAGCUUCUGGAUGACGCCAACUUUGCCGUGGGCGGCGCUGGCGAAGCCGGAUACGUCUGGCAGAGCUUCGACCAUCCCACUGACGCCUUCCUCCCUGGGAUGAAGUUGUGGGUCGACCGCCGGACCGGGUUGACAAGAAACUUCACUUCAUGGAAGUCCGACGAAGACCCUGGCACGGGGAACUGCACCUUCUUCUUGGACUCUAAUGGGAUUCCGCAGAUAUUCUUAGUCCAGGGCACCAAGCGGCUGUGGAGCUCUGGGCCAUGGGUAGGAGGAAAAUUCAGCGGCGUCCCGGGGAUGAGGAGCUACGGCGUGUACAACUUCUCCUUCGUCUCAAACGCCGACGAAGCCUACUACCUGUUCAGCAGCCGGAUUAAGUCCAUGCUGACAAGGCUGGUGGCGCAGCCGAAUGGUCGGAUAGAACGGCUGGUGUGGAUGGAGGGCGAAGGGAAGUGGAACGCCUUCUAUUCUGGGCCCAAGGACCGCUGCGACGCCUUUGGUUACUGCGGCACCUUCGGCGUCUGCGACGCCAAAGAGUUUCCGAUGUGCAGAUGCCUCCAAGGUUUCGAACCCAAGUCGCCGGAGAACGGGAAUCUCAGGGACGGGAAGGACGGUUGCAGAAGGAGGACGGAGGUGGACUGCCUAAAUGGCACCGACGGGUUCGUCUUGGUGGCUAACGUGAAGCUUCCCGACACCUCGGUUGCGGUGGUGAACGAGAAGAUGGAGGCGGAGGAGUGCAGGGAGGCGUGUCUGAGGAUUUGCUCCUGCACGGCCUACGCCACUGGUGAGAUGAUCGACGGCAGCAGGAGCGGCUGCAUAAUUUGGAGUGGCGUGUUGACGGACCUCCGGGUCCACGACAAUGGCGGGCAGGACCUAUUUGUCCGCCUCGCACUUGCCGAUCUAGGUACGGUAGGUGAAACCACCACGUCCUUCAGCUUGGGUGGAACUCGUCUUCUAGGUAUUCAAAGUUGUCUAGAGUCUGAAGGGAACGGGGACUCACCAACAAUCUCGAGCCAUUAUUUUGGCAAGCUUCCUACCAUCAUCAACGGGGGGGACUGAGGUCACGCGCGCUGUUUAUUUAAUUAAUUCGUACAGAAAUUUGACUCACUCUGCAGCUUUGUCGCCGAGUAAGGCAAAGAGAAGACGGGUAGCGGCAGCGGUGUCGGCUGCGGUGGCGGUGGCGGUGGCGGUGCUGGUGGGGUUGCUUCUCCUUGGGUUGCUCCGCGGCUUUGUCUGGCGGCGGAGGAAGGGUAGUUAUACAGGGCCAGAGAACCCUUUUCUCAGCUCCUUGGCUCUCUCCCUCUCUAUCUUUGCGCCUUUCGUUCUAUGUCCUGCGUGCAUCUCUCUCUGUCUAUCUGUUUCCUUCCCCCUCUCUCCCGAAAUGGAUGGAUAAUCUAUCCCGUACCAUCAUUAUACAGUGAUCCUCGGAAACUACCCCAACGUGAAGAGUCAAAUCUGGAACCAGGAGAUUACCAGAUCAGGGGAGCUGGAUCUCCCCUUCUUCGACCUUGCCGCCAUCGCCGCCGCAACCGACCAUUUCUCCAUCGACAGUCUGCUCGGCGAGGGCGGCUUCGGGCCCGUUUACAAGGUCAACUAACUCGCCUAUUCGACUGAUUAAUCUCUCGUUAAACUUGAAGACUCGAUCAUCUAAUUUUUGAAUUCUGGGGCGAUAGGGGCGAUUAGAAGGGAAACAGGUGGCAGUGAAGAGGCUGGCGAAGAGCUCGUCGCAGGGCGUGGAACAAUUCAUGAACGAGGUGAGGCUGAUAGCGAAGCUCCAGCACCGGAACCUUGUUCGGCUCCUCGGCUGCUGCAUCGACGGUGAGGAGAGAAUGCUCGUCUACGAGUACAUGCCCAACGGAAGCCUAGACUCCUUAGUUUUUGGUCAGUCUCUCUCCGUCUACUUCCUUCUCCCUUUCUUUCUUUCUCCCUCUCUCCCUCUCCCCCCCCUCUCUCCUUCUAUUGCCUCCUCUCCUCCCUUCUCUGUAUAUCUUGGUCUCUUCCUUUGUUAUCUAUCUAUUUGCCUCCGGGUCCUUCUCCCUCUGGCCCUUCUUCUCUGUAUAUCUUUACCUCUUUCUUGCCAUCUAUACAUGUCCAUAUCUCUCUACAGCCUUGUUCCUCUCUCUCUUUCCUCUGGAUCAACAUCUCUUUCCAUUUCUCACUGUCAAGCUAUCUGCUACCCACUCUCUCUCUCUCUCUCUCUUCCCCCCCCCGUGUGUAUCUCUUCCUCUCUUUCUACAAGGGUGUCUUAUAUCGUGGCAGACAAAACCAAGGCGUCGCUGCUGGACUGGGGAACGAGGUGGCGGAUAAUAGGGGGGGUUGCGCGCGGGCUGCUCUAUCUCCACCAGGACUCCCGCUUCAGGAUCAUCCACCGGGAUCUUAAGGCCGGCAACGUCCUCCUCGAUGACGGCAUGAACCCUAAGAUCUCCGACUUCGGCAUGGCCCGGAUCUUUGCUGGUGACGAGACCGAGGGAAUCACUCGAAGAAUCGUCGGAACCUAGUUAGUCUCCUCUCUCUUUCUCUCUGUCUCAUCCAUCCCAUCCUUCUAGCUCCUCCUGACUACCUCUGUCAGCGCCUUCAACGCUCGACCGUAUCUAGCAGCUGCUGAUCUCCUUGCUGCAGCGGGUACAUGUCGCCGGAGUAUGCCAUGGAUGGGAGCUUUUCAGCGAAAUCCGACGUCUUCAGCUUUGGCGUCCUCGUGCUCGAGCUUGUCAGCGGCAGAAGAAACAGGGGCAUCUUGCACUCCGAUUGCAACCUCAAUCUCCUGGGCUAUGUAAGUAUCGAGCAAGAGCGGGAGAAAGAGAAAGAUAGAUAGAUAGAUAGAUAGAUAGAUAGAUAGAUAGAUAGAUAGAUAGAUAGAGAGAGAGAAUCUAUAGACCAACCAUAGAGGAGCUUUAACGAUAAGUUUCUAAUCUCACCAUGGGUGGGUGUUCUUCGCAGGCAUGGAGUUUGUGGAAGGAAGGCAAAGGGCUGGAGCUGGUGGACUCCUUGCUGGGGUCCCCCAUCCACUUGGCGGAGGUGGACAGGUGCAUAAAGAUCGCCCUCCUCUGCGUGCAGGACCGACCGGAGGACCGGCCGGAGAUGGCAACGGUGGUUCUCAUGCUUGGCGGCGACAGCGCAGCGGUGGCGCACCCUAAGCAGCCGGAGUUCGUAGUGGCGAGGCCGCGCAUCGCGGGCUGCUCGACGUCGAUCAAGGGCCUCGCCUGCACCGUCAACGACGUCACCCUCUCCGCCGUCCACGGUCGCUGA